AUGAAUACAUCCUCUCCUCCAUGCUCCCCCCCUCGAUCAAGCAGUCCCUCUAAUUCUAGCGGAGCUUCUAGCAGUGGAACUCUUGUCGAAUCAUCAACAUAUGACCUCGCCAAAUAUAAAGGCUUAUCAUCAUCCGGAAUUCACGUUCUGUCCAAGCAGAUAAACUCAGACAAAUCCCCCGAAUCGAUGAUCUCUGUGCUUUCUCCAACUGGGUCACACCGUUCUCUCCCCUUUAUGGAUGAAGUGCCGAGCCCUCCAGAUGGCAAAGAGAGCCUAUUCUUUAGGCAUUCUGAUACUCCACCUCCAGGUGCUUCCCCUCGUGCACAGUACCUGCGGGAACGAAUGUCCAGGAAACAUCAGCCAUACCCUCUCCACCCAGCUCCACUAGAGCUUCGGUUUGCAGCUCGUGUAACAGGGAGGGUACGCCAACCAGAAUUCACUCCCGAAGAAACUGAACAGAAUGAACAACUAGCGGAGAGAGGCUUGUCACAAUUGAGCCUCGCAACUCUGUACAAGGCAUACAAAGCGAAGCUGGCUUCCCGUGAGACUGCGCGCCAACGUCUGUUGACGACAACAUGGGAGAUUGAAGAGGCCGAGCGCUAUACAGCAUUCCUUGAAGCACUCCAUGUCGAGAGUAAACGGUUCCUGGGGUUAGAGGAUGCCAAGUUGGAGAAAAUGAGAGAGUGGUUUUCUUCCCGUAACCUGACAGAAGUUGCAGACGAUACCAACUACCUUCAAGCUGUCUACGAUGACGAAUGCGAGAUCCUCCGAUCUCUAUCUACUCAGGCACGACAAGUCUCAAAGAUCUUAGGAAAAUGUUCCGAUGAUAUAUUCUCGGCAUCCACAAGUGAAUCUACCAGCAAAUCGCCCUUAAACGUGCUCUCGGUCGUAGAAGAUGAGGAUGAUUUAGAUGAUUUCUCGGACCUCGAGGCCUGAUAAGAUCUCCAAACGUGGUAUGUACAUGCGCAUGUGACGGCUGAUCUCCCGCGCUGAUUUCAUAUCUAGUAGAUAGCCCUGCUUCUUU